CUGGGGGCAGUGGGCGGGGCCGCCGAGCAGGGAGAGCAGAUAAAGUCCUGGCUGCGGGCGGGUCACUAAGCUGCUGGCUGCAGGUGAGUACCGGGCAGGGGGUCCAGGGUGAGGAUGGUGUUUGUACCCUGAGGGCGAUAUACGGCCAUAAUCUUAUUAACGGUCUCCAUGGUGACAGCAAGGUGACAGGCCAAAGCAAUCAACACUGAGCUCUCUCUGCAGAUACUCUCCAGGCUGAUUGCUCUGGCCUUAAAUCUGAUUUAAAUCUGCUUUUACCUCCAACAGACAAAAAUCAGCCCUGUGCUCCAACUCCCACUACUCCUGGGCAGCAGCAGGGGCUACAGUAAUACCAGCCCAGAUACAUCCAUGGGAAAGCACUAUCCCUAAUCCUUGUACACACUUUAAAUAACUGUAGGGUUUUUUAAUAUCACUCCAGUGGUCUUUAACCCCUUAAGGACCAAACUUCUGGAAUAAAAGGGAAUCAUGACAUGUCACACGUCAUGUGUCCUUAAGGGGUUAAAGUGUCAGCUCACCUGCUAAGUCAAACUUGAAAGGCCAUUGAAUUGAUACUAAAGAAAACCCUCCAGUGUUUUAAUUUAAUGGUGCCAAGGGAUGUGGAAUAAUGUACACGUUAACUUUUUUUUUUUUUAUUAUUAUUGUAUGUAUUGGGGCUGAUGUGUAUUGUAAGCAUUGCUGCCACCCAGAAAGAGUGGCAGUUUGAGUGCAGACUUGGAUUUCUCUCCCCCCCCACUCCCCAAGUUUGGCUAUUUUGACCUUAAAUUUUAAAUUCACCUUGAAUUUUCAUUUUGAAUAACCUUGUGUUUAGUUUUAGAUCUUACGACUCCUUCUACCAUUUUUUUGCAUAUGAGUUAAAGGGAUAGAGGGAUUUUUGGAUAAAAGUAUCGGUUAUAGAAAAGUGUUUGGAAAAAAUAGAGUAAUCAGAUGAAAACUGUUUUGGUUUUAUACCACUGUCCUGUUUUCUAACUGUUUCACUAAAAUAACUUGGCCCCCAAAACAUUACUAGGUUGACCUUUUCGCUGCUGUCCUGUAAAAGUACUCGUCAUACUAAAUGCCUCUGUUGGUUUCACUGGGAAGCCCAGACAUUGCAUGCUCUUGCAUAAAGUCGUCAGGGGAAUAUAGCUGGGAAAAAAGUAAUCUAAUCUGUUACUGUGAUGCAACUAGUCACCCAGGUGAAUACAGGUGUUGUGGCAUUGAGAGGAUGCUUUAUUAUUCUAGCAGGUAUUUAUAAUCAAAGCAAUUUGUAUUCCCUGGAAGAAAAAAUAUAUAGCAUUUUGGAGCUUGUGACCUUAUGUAAGAUAUAUGGGAAAGUAGAAGUAAUAAACUGGUGGAAAAAGUACUGUCUAGCUUUCUUCUGUUUUUUUUUUUUUUUAGUUUUUUUUUUAACUGGUCUGGGCUCCUAUAGUUUCCCUUUAACCCCUUAAGGACCAAACUUCUGGAAUACAAGGGAAUCAUGACAUGUCAUGUGUCCUUAAGGGGUUAAACUUGUAUUACAUAUGUAGCCAUUGCCUUCACCAGUUAAGUCAUGUACAUUUAUGGCACACUUUGCAAAUGAGUAGGAGAAAUAGAAAUAUUGUUUAAUCUCUGUAUGCCUAUUAUAUGCAGACUACCAGAGGGAAAGGUCAGAGCUUAUAAAAUGAUUAACAGAAGGGGAGAACUCAACCCCUUAAGGACACAACUUCUGGAAUAAAAGGGAAUCAUGACGGAAUAUUUCCGUCAUGUGUCCUUAAGGGGUUAAUCUUUGCGUAAAGAGGUGUAGCCUUCCACAUUUUAACUUUGUUUCAGUAACCACAACAGCUCACUGUAGUGGUUAUGGUGGCUUUAGUCUGUGGGCACCAUCCCCUGUUUUUUUGUGAAACCGUUUAGAUGUUGGACAAAAGAAACAAGGUUUCUCUGCAUCACUCAUCUAGUCUUUCUACUUCCUAGUGUGAUUAUGCAGAAGUGUAGCUUUUACAUUAUCAACUGCAAUGGCAUCCCUCCAACCUUGAACAUUGACAGGCUGUUCAAGGUUGGACAAAUCAGGAGACUGUGCUCAAACUCAUAGCACAAUUGAACUGUAGUGGCUAUAUUUCUUGGACGAUCAUAUAAUUAUCCUUUGGGUUGUUUUUGUUGCUUUUUAAGUCACAUGCUAUUUUUCCAAAUUAAAAUUAUUGCAACAUAAAUAACCUUAUUUGAGCAUAAACUUUGUAAUGCUUUUGUCAAAUCUCCACAGUUCUGCUUAUAUUGAAUGGCUUGUAGAUGAGGUUUAAUAUUAAAAGUAGCUUGUCAUUGUGGGAACAGUAAGACAAACACAUUACAGGCGGCUAAUGUGUAUAAAUAUAUUGCAUCUGCCUAUUGGCUUGUGCUGUAUAUGUAAGAUGUCACCUACCUGACAAAAUGUGUGUGUUUUGAGGUGUUGGGUUUUUUCAUUCUGGAAUGUAAGACGUUGCGGUCUAUGAAGGAUCCUGCAGAAUCCUCCAUAGAGCAACUUCUCUGAAGUAUUCACUGGGGGAUUGUCAUGUCUUGAUGGCAGUAGCUCUGACCACAGUCCCAAAGUGUAAUUUGUAGGUAAAAUACUGAGACAAAGUCCCUACUUUGUCUUGGUAUGUUUUGACUGGAAUUUCUGUGAGAUUCCAACAGUCAAUGAGUAUUUCAUAUAAACUUUUUUUUUUUUUUAACUCCAUUUGCAGGUUGAGAUCAGUUACUUAUCAAAGGUGAAAUCUUUGACUCAUCAGUUGAAUGCUUAAGGAUUGUGACCAGGAAAGUUGGUACUUAAGUCCAGUUGUGGUUUUUAAAUGCAGCACACACUGAAUAAACAAAGGAUAUUUGUUGAUUCAUACAAAGUAUUGUUUCCGUCCCUUGUGCUUGCAUCACAGUGACAAAGCAUAAUGGUAAAACAUAACCACUAAUCGUAUAAUAAGCACUACAGUGACCAAGCAUAAUGGUAAAACAUAAGCACUAAACGUACGAGGGCUUUAAGAAGUGCUUUACAUAUGUAAAUGGAGAUUUUGGCAAAGUGCUGUAAGCUGAUGUGAUUUCUUUUGUUUUAAUGCUCUGCUGCAUUAAUCAAGUCCUUUUUGUGGUUUGUUAGAAUAAACUUUUAGGAUUAUCCUCUAAACUUAAAUUAAUUUGGUAGAUUAAUAGUUUAAGGGGGAGAUGGUCCCACACCGCUACUUUGCUCUGCCUGCCAGGUGCCAAGUGAUAUCUCUGCCAGUAGAAGGAAAGCGCUCACCCCUUUUUGUCCUGACGAAAGCUUGAGGGGAUCAAGCUGGAACGUUGCCUGUACUGGUUUAGUGGAGGUAAUAAAAGGAAUAUUUUACUUAUAGUCUUGGAGUGCUAUCACUGGCAACUAUUUUUUUCUUUUUUUUUUUAGAUAGGCUGCAGGGCUGCAUAAACCAGGUGAUUUAACUCUUAAAUGGCAGAGAAUUGAGCAGUGUAACUGCAGGGGCACGAUCUAUAUACCAAAACUGUUUCAUUUAGCUAAGGUUGUUUUGGUGACAUAGUAUCCCUUCAAUGGUAGAACAGUCUUAAUUUCAAAGACUGUGAUGGGGAAGCUAGAAAACAAUCCCCCAUGCAAUUCUAUUGCUCCCUAUCACUCUUAUGCACCCACAGCAGACUUUGUUCACUUGCUGGGCAGUAUGGGAAGCAUUGACGCUGAUUUGCCUCUUAAGCUAGCGGAGGAUGGCUCUACUCGGGGAAGUCUCCCCAAGCCGUGGCAAUAGGGAAUGGGUGUUACAGCACAGAGGGUCUCUGAGACUGGUGACACUGGAGUGAGGUGCUGUAAUGUUACAGCUCCCAAAGCAACUCGAUAUAAUUUAUCUUUAUGAUUUAUUAGAUAGAUAAUGCUUUGGGAGCUGUUGUAGGGUUAGGUGAAUUUGUAGUGCCAGGUUUACAUUAACUGUUCUUGCUGUUCAUCUAAAGUAUGUAUUGAAGAUUUUUAUGCUCACAACGGAGUUAAAUGUGCAUAUCAUCCGUAUGUCGAGAGCUCUCCAGAGAUGCUGGUUUCAGAGCACUGCUGGUAUUAAUGAUAAAUCAAUAUUGCACUUCCCUUGAUAUAAUAAUAAUAAUAAUAAUAAUAAUAAUAAUAAUCCAACAGAUUCCGUAGCGCUUUACAAUAUUAUGAGAGGUGGGAUGUAACUAUAAAUACUACAAUUACAAGAAAACUUACAGGAAUGAUAGGUUGAUUAAGCACAUUCCUGUGUGGAAUGCAUGAGGCAGGCCUUUCACAUAGCUGAUACUGGCUUACCAACAUUUACCUGAUCAGUCUUGUCAGACCUCAUUCUUAAUGGCUAAUUUUAUACAUUCUAUUGUCUCUAGUGUAAUAAUGAUGGUAUUUAAGUAGUCUUUCACCCAAUAUACGUUCUGCUGAAAAUAUUACUGAUUGGGCUUCAUCUCGCAUGGCUUGGUUUCUACUUAUUUUUAAAAUGUGUUUUUUAUAUAUUUUAUAUUGGGGGUGGUGGCUGUUUACAUGCUUAGAAACAUUUCUUUAUUGCAGUCGAAGGUGGCUGCUGCUUAACUCUUCUCAUUCCUUUAAUUUUAACUUGAUUUUCUGUGGGGUUUUUUUUUCCAGGUAUUUCAGUCAUGGCUUCAGCACAGUCUGUGCUCAUAUUUGCUGUGUGUGUUUUAUUGAUAUCUGAAAUAAUACUUGCAAAGAAGACUUAUUAUGAAAUAUUGGGGGUUCCAAAAAAUGCUUCAGAGCGACAGAUCAAAAAAGCUUUUCAUAAACUUGCAAUGAAAUACCACCCUGAUAAAAAUAAAAGCCCUGAUGCUGAAGCAAAGUUUCGGGAAAUAGCUGAAGGUAAGAAAACUUAAUCCUGUAAAACUAUCUCAUAACUGCAGCUUCAAAGACAAAUGUAGUGACAUUUAUAAACUGUAUAUAUCUUGCAUAUAUCCAUUGUACAGCGCUAUGUAAAAAUAUAGAUGCCUGCAAAAAAAUAUUUUUGCUUGAUGCCUAUUGCAGUCGAUGUGUGGGGAGAAUUUUUUGUUUUUUUUUGUUUAAGCAUAACAAAAUAGCAUACAUGUUUACAUUUGGUGGUCUUGUCCUAACUGUAUUUUUUUUAUUUAUUUUUUUUUAGCGUAUGAGACGCUUUCUGAUGAAAAUAAACGGAAAGAGUAUGACCAGUUUGGGCAUGAUGCUUUCGCAAAUGUUGGAAAGGGUUCGAAUGACCAGCACUUCCACCAACCUUUCCAUUUCAAUUUAGACGACCUUUUCAAGGACUUUGACUUUUUUGGUGAGAGUCAGCACACUAGAUCCAAGAGUCAAUUUGACAGCCACUUUAGGAGCCAACAGGAAUCUCAUAAUAGACACAGACGUCACUUUGAAGACUUUUCCUUUGGAGGAGGACUGUUUAAUGAUAUGUUUGAAGAUAUGGAGAAAAUGUUUACUUUUGGCAGCUUUGAUAAUGCUCAGCGACACAACGCAAGAGCAGAAAAUGUGUUUAGUGGGUCCAGCAAACAUUGUAGAACUGUCACUCAGCGUAGAGGAAACAUGGUUACUACCUACACAGAUUGCUCAGGACAAUAAAUGCUGUUUGUGUACUAAAACAAGUAAUAGGUAACAAAGUUGCGCUCUAAUGAACAGUUUGCUAUUAAGCUUUUAUUCUAGACUUCAGAAGUACUGGAGAGUGGUAGCAGAGUAUAAAGCAAUUUUCAGCAAUCCGUUUGUGUUUACAAUUAACAACUCACCAUGGAAGACUGAAAUCAACAUUAGUAGGGUGCUAAAUGUUUUCCUAGUGGCUAUUUAUUUGAAAAUAUGUACAAAUGUCUCAGUUGCAUUGGGGAAGUCUACAACUCAAACCUAAAAGUUAUGUGUUCCAGAAUCGGUUUUCGUAAUCUUUUCUUGCAUGAGGAAAUGGGCAAUAACUAAACAUAUUCUUGUGUUUUAAGGAUCUGUUUUAUAGUAAUCUAUGCAAAUGUAAUUCAAUUUACAUGUGUAUUUUCUUCCUUGUUGUAAAAGCUGUUCACCUAACAGUCCUUUUUUGAGUUUUCAGAACUUUCUAAAGUCAACCGAAUGAGUGUUUGUCUUGCUCUUUCCAGACAUUCCUAACACAUCAGAAAUGCCUAACAUGCUUAGUCCUAUGGCAUUGUGUUCGUACACCUAGAAUAGUGGAAAAUUGAUAUGGGAAAUGACCAACUUUAAACCCAAAAUUGAAGUAUUUCUCCAAUCUGGCCUUAUUUUGUCUUCCCUUCUCUGUGAUUCCCAUUUUAGAAUGACACCGUAGGCACCAUAACUGUCUUUUCUGGUUAUAGUGUCUGGAUUCCUCUGGCUCUGCCUUUCCAAUCAGCAUGGAACAGGUUUUUUUUUUUUUUUUUUUUUUUUUUUUUUUUUUUUUUUUUUUUUUUUUUAUAUUUUAAUGCUUAACAAUAAUCAUAGCAACGUAUCACCUCUGUGCUGCCUGGACUGAAUAAUAAUUAGCCAAUCACAGACUCCUAUUGCUGCUUAGAAGUGUGCCAGCAGACUGCGAUCAGCCUAUCACAGUGCCACUGCAGGUAUGGUAAUAAGUGUGUAAUCUGUCUUGUCCAAAACCCCAUUCAGCUACGGGAGGAUAAAACCUGUUCCUUCAAUGUUAAACUGCUCAGAAUGGUUUGACCCUGAAUGGAGGAACAGUGUCAGGCACCAUAACAAACUCAAUGCGAUUUACAUGGUUAUAGUGCUUACAGCAACUCCAGAUGUUGCUGAACUACAACUCCCAUGACUCUUUGAAAUAGCCAGAGAAUCAUGGGAGUUGUAGUUCAGCAACAUCUGGAGGGCCGAAGUUUGGACACCCCUGAUUUAAUCUAGUGUCCCAUUACAGAAUGUGCUUGUUUAGCACUCUGCUCUCGUUUGGUUUGGGAAAUAAUGGCGACUGCAAAAAAGUUCCAACUUGUUUUGCUUUCUCAGAAGCAUUAAAAAAAUUUAAAAUUGGCAUUUAGCACUUUCAGCCUGUGCAAGUAGUGUAUCAUUAAAUCUUUACAUGCUAUGUGGUCCCAUUUCAAGUGCAGUCGACUAAGGCAGUUUAAAAUAAAUAUGCACAUACUUUUUAUUUAUUUUUUUCUUCCCCAAUUAAUAUGAACAAAUGCCGCGCUCAAAAUGUUAUUAUUGGGCUUCUUCCGCUCCUCAAACUUUCUUGAUUUUGUUUUUCCUCUUAACAAGAAACAAAUCUUAGACGUAAAUCCUAACUUGACUUGCAAGGAGUCAAUCCAUUGAAUGAGGUUCAUGUCCGCAUAUAGUGAAAGCUCUUAAAAGGACCAAACUUCUGGAAUAAAAGGGAAUCUUGACAUGUCCCAUGUCAUGUGUCCUUAAGGGGUUAAUCUAUUAAAGGGGAUAUCCCAAAAAGGAAUAGACCCCCACAUUCCCUAAUAAAGGAAAACACCAGCAUUUUGUCCUUGACAUGAUUAUAGAACACAUGUUGCAUUUCACAUUGACUUUUUUUUUAAUUUCUAAAAAUGUGAAUUUUCUUACAAAUCUUCCAUGAAACUGUAUUUUUGAAGACUCUGCUUUUUAGAAUUAGUGUACACAAACUAGUUGUUUAUGGCAACCAAUACUGGCUCUUAAACAUUCUACUUGCAGAUGUGCUUGUUUGGAUUGUGUGUUUUUUUUUUUUUUUUUUUUUUUCGUCAAUCUUUUAAUUUGGUACACUUGCCUUGCCUGACGUUCCCUGAAAGGUUAUUUAACCUAUAUUCUUUGGUAAUGCUUCACUUUAAUGUGAAACAUUACAAAACGUGCAAUAUCUUACAGUAUAUUUCCUUUCCUUGUGUGCAAAGUGAUCAAAUGUUCUAUUCUUUUUGUGUUUUAACAAUUUAAUUCUGCACUUUGUCUUUACCAUACUCCAUAUGAAUAUAAAUCCUAUGGAUAUAAUGAAUACUCGUGUAAUGAGUUAAGUGAAAUAAACUUUAAUGCUUAUUUGUCAAGU